AUGUCAGUAUUGAGUCUCAUGCCAGAAGUCAAAAGUAAAGAUUUAAGAAAAGAAUCCGUUGAGAGCGUCUACAGCAGCAACUCCCGCUUGAACCUGCUUAGCAAAAGGAAGCGCAUGGUUCCACUAACUAUUGAAAUGUCGAGCCACUCGAUGGGAAAAGGCGACCGCUAUGUGACCCAGCGAGUGCUUUCUGCGAAGACGCAUCGAGUGAAGCAGCUGCAGAAUCAGCUGGCUGACGCGCACUAUCAUUUGCAGGAGCUCAGUAAUGAGAAUCGGGUUUUACGUGCCUUACAAAAAAAACAAGAAAUCGCUCUACAAAGGUACGAGAAUUCGAACGCUGAACUUCCUCAAAUUCUAAAUUCACACAACGAGGAGAUGCGGGUGCAGCAGAGCAAGUACAAGCAGCUGAAACAGCAGCAUAAAGAGACGGCGAUGCGGCUCAAGGAGCGCGACAUGCAGCUUCAACAGCUGAGGGAUGAACACCAGCAUUUGUUGGAAUUAAGCAAGGACAAAAACCUUCUCGAACGAGAGAAGCUUCAAGCCCAAGUCAACGAGCUCACAGCGAAAGUGCAACAGCAAAAUGAAACUAUAAGUAUGCUGCAGCGUAGGAUCGCGCUCGAAGCCAAGAACUUCAAGCAUCAGCUGCAAAAUGAGAUCAACAAGCACAAGGACACGAGGCACGAUCUGGACUUGGCUAUUAACAAUGCUGAUAAGCUAUCUACUAUUAUUGAGAUAAAAGAAAAAAUGCUGAGUACAGUCGCCAGCCGUGGUGUUAAGUCUCCUGUAAAAACAAGCUCGGUAAUGAGCACAAUGCGUCCUGCAAGCAAAACCAGCAAAACCGUUCAGGAAUCUAAUGCUUACAAAUCCGGUGAUAUGCGUCAAAAUGUUGAUCAAAAUAUUAUUGCAAAAUUAUGUGAGAACUCUCGUUCUAUUAGCAGCGCGUUUUCACACGAAGAAGAAACCAGUUCUUCAACUGAAUCUCGUUCUCGUUACGUUCGAAGUGGUACUAAUUCUAGCAGUACACGCUCUACACCUAAUCCUACUAGUAAGAGCUCUAAAGCAUCCGAUAAUAUUUUAGAACUUGCUAAGACUGUUCAAGAUGGAAUGGCAGAUUUAGCGAUAUCAGAUGAAGAUAAUGCGCUUCGGAAUUGUUCACCAGAUGAAAUGCAGAAGAAAUUGGAAAUCCUAAAGGCGGAUCUGCUCAACAAAAUCAAGAAUAACGAAGAACCAAUGUCAAGAAGGAAUAGUGCUCUAAGAAGGAAAUCUACUGAGGAGUCUAUUGAAGAACAAAUAGAAGCAGAAGUAGAAAUUGAGCGACCUAAAUCCAGAGCUCGUAGCUCUAAUGUUUCUUUUCAUAAUAGCGUUACAGUUGAAGAAACCAACACCAACAUUACUAUACACGAUUUCACCAUAAGUGACACAGAUAAAAAACCUAAGCGAGAGAACAGUGGAAUAGAAAGAAAACAUGAAAAACCAAUAGAAGCUUACUGUAAAGACAUCAUGCACAAUCUGGAGAAAAGUAGUAAAGUAAUAGAUAGACACAUAAAACAAUUUAGUAACACUAAGUUUGAAAGUGAUAAAUUAGUUCACCAGUUACAGGCUGUGGACAAAAUAAAUGAACUGGUCAAUUCUAACGUAGAAAUACCCGAUGAGGCGUUGUCCGAAUUGAACAAUAAUUUUAAUAUCCUAACAGACCAAGUUUUAACUGAAGCACCGAUCGCAAGAAAACGAUCAGUGUCCGGUCGAAAGAAUUCUAGGCUUGAACCUAGAACUAGUUUGCUAGGAGAUACGAAUAUGUCAAACCAAGAUUUAUUAGAUGACUUACUGGGGAAGAAAUGA